AGAGAGUAAACUUUUCUGUCAUUCAUUAAGCCAAUGUUGAAUUUGACCAAAUUAUACCAUUUUUUUUUUAAUUUUUAGUCAAAUGAUCUCAAUCAAUGUUAAAUUAUUAUAAUUAUGAUUUUUAAAUGUUUUUAUUUAUAAAUUUUUGAAAAAACAAAACUAAAAUAAGUAAUCCAAUCCCUUGAACAUCCAGAAACCCAUAAGAAUCAUAAAAGUAGACUUCCUUUCGAAAGUCCACUAAGCUAAACCCUUUACCCUUUGUUUGGGAAGGUGCAUUUUUAAACUAAUUGAAAGUUAGGUUUGAAAACCUUGAAUUUUUUCUUUUUGAAAAGAUAGAAAGUUUUUUAAAAUAUAAUUUUUAAAGUAUUUUAAAAUUUUUUAUUCUUUUUAUUAAUGAGAUUUUCUUUAAAACCUUUAAAAAUUUAAAAAUUUUUUUUUCUUUUCUUUCAAAUACUCAAAAAUUAUAAAUUUUUAAAAUUUUAUUUUAAAAAAUUUUACUUUAUAAAAUUCUAUUUCACUCUGCCUCAUCCAAAAGAGGGUUACUAUCAUUAAUGACUGGCGAAACCAUUACAACUUUUAGCGGCCUAGUUAGAAUGCUGUAGUAGCAUUUUAUUUCGCGAUCUCACGAUCUCUCAACGUGUAGUUUUCUUCUCCUUUUUGUGACUCCAAAUAGCUGUUCUGGCUCUUGUUGAUGAUUCCUUCUCUCUCUCUCUCUCUCUCUCUCUCUCUUCGCCGUGCCUUCUGGGUUUGUCUUGGUUAUAGGAGAUGGAGUCAAAUCUCGAUGGUGAUUGGUUUGACGUGGUUUGUCCAUGAGAUGGUGGACGUGGACUUAGAUGGUGGACCUGGACUUUCUUCUUGAAAAAUUUUCCGAGAAAGAUUUCAAAUUUUAGAACCUAAUUAGAGGACGGACAUUGACCCAAAAUUUAUUUUUUUACCCAGUAUAUGAACAGAUGGCAGGGUUUAAGCUUAUAAACUAGUUAGCAAUUCAAGGAGAUAUUUAUUGAGAUCCAGUGCUUAAUUAGAAGUCCCACAAAUAUGGAGCCUGGAGUCUAUCGUGCAGCUAUCUCAGAUGAUCGGGAUUUCUUCAGGAGACUCACCUCCUCUGAUGCAAAUAUCCUGCUCCAGGUUACAUCCCUGCAACAAGACACCAUUCUCCAUGUUGCAGCAAAAUUCAAACGGAAGGAGAUAGCGGCAAUGAUCACGAAUUUGAUACCAUCACUUGUGUACAAAAAAAAUUCAAACGGUGACACCCCACUUCAUAUUACAGCGAGGUUAGGGAGUUUAGAGGUUGUACAGGUCCUAUUAAGUUAUGCCUGUUGUGAAAGGAUGGAACUUGAAGCCAACGAAAAUCUAUUGAGGAUGGUGAAUAUGGACAGUAACACAGCACUUCAUGAAGCUGCGAGGAAAGGUCACUUUGAGGUUGUGGUUUCAUUGAUUCAGAAGGAUCCAGGAUUGGCAAUGUUGACAAAUAAUGCAGAGGAAUCUCCACUAUUCCUCGCUGUGGAUAAAAUGCAUUUCAGAAUUGCUAGCUACAUCUUAGAAACUGUCCCAGGUUGCUCUUUCCAGGGAAGGAACAAUAUGAAUGCCUUGCAUGCAGCAGUCAUUCGCUCAUAUUUCAAUGGUGAAAAAUUGAACCUGGAUGUCACACAGUUGAGGAAUCCUCUCUUUUUUGUUGUCCACCUUUCAGUCAGGGACUGUAUCAGGUUCAUUCGCUUUGGAGUAACAAAAUUGCUCAGAAGGGACAUCCACCAGGACCAUGUUAAUCUUUCAGAUUUCAUUAAACAGUUGAUUAAAAAGCAUCCGUCUACUAUAUUAGAAGCCAACAACAUUGGAUGGACUCCUUUUCACUAUGCAGCAUACGCUGGCCAGGAAGCCAUUGUGAAAGAGUUGCUGUUAGCUGACAAUUCCAUAGCUUUCACUAAAAAUGGGGAGGGCAUGGCUGGCCUUCAUGUCGCUGCAAGAGAAGGGCACGUGCCUGUUCUGAAAAAGAUUGCAGAAACUUGUCCAGACAUUUGGGAUUUGAAAGACAACAAUGGCCGGACAGCUUUUCAUGUUGCUGCUGAAAGUGGAAAGGCAAAUGCUGUCAAGUUUAUUUUGAAACAGGUCGCUGAGGAUAAUAUAAAUGACCAAGAUAAUGAAGGAAACACAGCAUUGCAUCUAGCGACUUUGCAGGGACAUGGGAAGAUCUUUCUAUUGCUGACAAAUGAUAGAAGGGCAGACAAGACAAUCAUGAACAAGGAUUGUCUUGCUGUCGUGGACAUCAUUGAUUCAAGAAGGGUAUUCAACUUUUUCAGACAGGGUUGGAUGAUAUUCCAAUUGUCAAUUGCUGGUGGUCUAGCAAGUUUAGAGCAAGGUCGCAACAAGAAAAUUGAAGCAAGAACAGAGCGUGAAAAGGGCGUUGUCGAAAAUCAUGGGGAUGAAGAGGUUGAAGAUAAAAGAUUAAAACCAGAGGGACCAGAAGUUUUAUCCUUUAACCAUCUUAGGAAUAUGGCCAGCACCAAUAUAUUGGUAUCAACUCUCAUAGCCACUGUCUCAUUUGCAGCAGCUUUCACUGUUCCUGGAGGAUACAAAAAUGAGGGACCUGAUGAAGGCAUGCCAGUUUUUAUCAAGAAAGCAUCCUUCAGAGCAUUUGUGGUGGGUAAUACCAUAGCCUUUUCUUGCUCGAUUGCAUCGGUGAUUUUUCAUAAUUUCACUGCCUUGUUGGUGAAACGAAACACCAUUGCAUUCUGGACAUAUUUUGCAAUGGUAUUCUCCAGCUUUGCCAUCUGUGGGAUGUUUAUUGCUUUUAUUGCAGGCUCCUUUGCAGUGUUAGGUGAUGGUAGUGCAUUAGUUAUGGCGGUUCUCUUAAUUUGUUGUUUCUUGUUUGCUCUGCAGUUCCCUCCCCUAAUUUCAGUAGAUUUACUAACUAUAUGACCUUUCAUCACUUGUCGUCUUGUAAUACUCAAUAGUACUUCAUUAUUGCAUGUGAAGUAUGGGUGCAGGAUAGGUUUAAUUAUAUGAUUUUCAUAAUCAUGAUAUAUCAAGUUAGAGAUUGUAAGCUCCAAUUUGUAUCAUAAAAGUUUCAGAGUGACUUGACCA